AUGCCUAACGAAAGAAUCUGCAACCGAUGCGGCAAGAGAUACGCAAUAGACGAGCAAGGAUUCGCUUUGCGACCGGAAAAGUGUAUAUACCACUGGGGUAAAAAGUACAGAUCGGAUGACGAAUAUAGUUGUUGUCGGCGUAGGGGGCUAGCUGUCGGUUGUACCUAUGCGGUAACGCACGUUUGGGAAUACACCGACUAUGAGAAUCUUCGUGGCUACGUGAAAACCUUGCCAAAAGACACACCUGCCGAGGAACAAGGGAUUUACGCGCUCGAUUGUGAAAUGAGUUACACGACGCGAGGUUUAAAAGUGACUAGUGUAACGGUCGUAAACGAAAAUGGCUGUGUAGUGUACCAAACAUUGGUUCGACCGGAGAGUCCAAUACUUGAUUAUAACACAAGAUAUUCCGGAAUUACGGAAGAAGACAUGAGAAACGUGACAACGACGUUAGCAGAUGUUCAAAAGACUAUGCUCACUAUGUUUUCAGAGAAAACAAUAUUGGUCGGUCACGGACUCGAGAACGAUCUAAGAUCUUUACAGUUACUGCACGACACAGUGAUCGACACGACUGUCAUUUUUCCGCAUAGGCAGGGUUACCCGAAUAAGAGAGCUCUGAAGAAUAUUUGUGCUGAAUUUCUGAGGAAAACCAUUCAGAACGAUGCCAGCGGACACGAUAGCAAAGAAGAUGCUGUUUCUUGUAUGGAAUUAAUUUUUUGGAAAGCGAAAUGUAUCGUUGACGCGAAACCUUGGUAG